AUGGACGGCAGUCACCCCACAACAGACCAGGAACUUAUGUGGGACAGUCACGCGGACGAAGACCUCGGGGACUUACUCGAUUUGAUAAUGAAGAACUCUCUGCCGACUCCUAAUAACUUCCUCAAUGGCGAGUCGAUAGAAGAAACAAUCAGAGCCUCGGAAUCGAUCUCCACAAUGAGUCAAGACAGUUUCUCGUUAGACGACGUCGAAUGGAUCCCACAUUACACGAAUAGCAGUCUCCUGAGAAAAAUACAAGCGGUCAUCGACUUGCAGCCAGGAUUCCACUGCCUGGACGAUAAGGAGUCCUGCGAGAGGCUCUCGGAAAUCAUCCGACGUCAAUUGAUUAUGGAUGAGAUUCGAGCAAAGCUGGACGCCUCCACGAGACGAGUGUACGCCCGACGCCACGGUCGAGACGCCGUGGCAAGGCGUCAGUCAGGACCGUCAAUUUUUGUGCCACGGCGGCGGGGAGUCGAAAUGCCACCGUCUUACUUGGCUCUUAUCGAGAAAAUGAACCCGAUCCUUUUCGACGAAAUCCACGAUGGCGAAAUGAACCAACUACCCAUUCCACCAGAUGAUAUCUCGUACCUCAACCGACUCGGACAAUUUAUAGAUAUUUUUGAACGCGUUCUUUUAUCAGAAGCUAACGAGUAUCACAGUGAGGAAGCUUAUGUUCUUCAAGCAGAAUACGAUAGAGUGUACGAUUUACUGUUUACCAAUAGUCACUCAAUGACAAUUCUCGGUGAUGGUCAACACAGCUUAACUCACCCAUCGAUCCGUGAACUACCUUGA